GGUUCAAUAAUUCAGCCUUAGUGAUUGUGUUCCAAGAGAAAAUAUUCAAAAAAUAUAGUAAAAAUUAAUCAUGCAAUUAGUAUAUAACUCCGCAUUUCAAACCAAACCAUGGGCUUAGUCUAACAACUCCAUCAAUCGAACAAUCACAAUUGAGGAAGCUCCAUAAAAAGGGAGAGCUCAAGAGCAAGCCUCCAAAACUCUCCCUCCAUCAAAUUAAUCAUAUCAUUUAAUCGGAGAAUAUUAUUUCUAGUCAUGUUAGGGAAGACGUCGAAGCCGGUGAUCGAGAUUCUCACCGGAUCUUUGUGUUCCGGCGCCGGAAGCCCGAGGAGUCAGAUUCAGUCUCCGAGGGGGCUCAAGAGCCUGGAUCUCGGCGCCGUGGGGUUAGGGAUAGUGGCGGCUCUCGAGAAAUCCGGCGCUGGUAGGGAUGGUAUUCCGGCGUUGUUCGGCCGGAAUUUGACGCGAUCGAGUCCGAUUCCGGUGAAUUCUCCGAAGAAUUGUUGUAGGAGUAGGAGAGAGGCGGAGGAGAUGCAGAUGGAUAGUUUGGAGGAGUACACGAUAGUGACGUGUCACGGCCCGAACAAGUCUUACACGAAGGUGUACUCCGAUGCGGCGGCGGAAGGAGGUAGGAAAGGAGAUGAAAGAGCUCCUUUCAGAAUACAAAACGGUAAGAAGAGCAAUCGCGCCGCCGUCUUCCACAUAUCUCCGGCGAGAGGUGUGGAUACUGGCGGCGUUCCGACGCCGGAUUUUCUAAGCUCGUGCGAUUUGUGCCAGAAGAAACUCCACGGCAAAGACAUAUACAUGUACAGGGGAGAGAAAGCAUUCUGCAGCGCAGAUUGCAGGUAUACGCAGAUGGUGAUGGAUGAGCGGAAGGAAAAGUGCAGCGCGGAAGCGUCGAAGCCCGCGGCGGCGGCGGAAGUUGCAGGCUCGCCGUACGGUAACGGCCAGAUGUUCACCGCCGGGAUUCUGGCUAUAUAGAUUUCUGACACCGUCAAUAAGUAUUGCUAGAGUACAUAUAUAUAUAUGUAUGUGUCAUAUACUAUCAUAUAUAUAUAUAUAUAUAUAAACACUGCGGAAUGUAACACGUUCAUACAUAUGAGAAACAGCUCAUCAAUUAAUGGAGCUGCCUUUUUGCCA